AACGUGCGACCCAGCGCACACUCGUGUACCACGUGACCAGCUCUCCGCCAAUGGGGUGGCUCCGCGGUCCGGUUCUGUCUCGAGUCUGGCCACAUAUCAUCCAGCCCCGCACGUCACGAGCGCCUUGUCUGCCUGCUUGCACAAGAGAGACCCCAGCGUCCUUGCACACAGUUGGGCCGGAAACAUCCACAACCAUGUCCAUCCUGAAGAUCCAUGCUCGGGAAAUUUUUGACUCCCGUGGCAACCCCACUGUGGAGGUCGAUCUCUACACCAAGAAAGGUCUCUUCAGAGCUGCAGUGCCCAGUGGUGCCUCCACGGGCGUCUAUGAGGCGCUGGAGCUCCGUGACAAUGACAAAACCCGCUACAUGGGCAAAGGAGUGAAAAGAGCAGUCAAAUAUGUAAAUGAAUUCUUGGCCCCGGCAUUGUGUAACCAGGAUGUCAACGUUCGGGAGCAGGAGAAGAUCGACAAGCUGAUGCUGGACAUGGAUGGAACAGAGAACAAAUCUAAGUUUGGUGCCAACGCCAUCCUGGGUGUGUCCUUGGCCGUGUGCAAGGCUGGUGCAGCUGAGAAGGGUGUGCCGCUCUACCGCCAUAUUGCUGACCUGGCUGGCAACCCUGGAGUCAUCCUCCCUGUGCCUGCAUUCAAUGUCAUCAACGGUGGCUCCCAUGCGGGCAACAAGCUGGCCAUGCAGGAGUUUAUGAUUCUGCCUGUGGGCGCCAGCAGCUUCAAGGAGGCCAUGCGUAUUGGUGCUGAAGUCUACCACAACCUGAAGAACGUUAUCAAGGAGAAAUACGGCAAGGAUGCCACCAAUGUGGGAGAUGAGGGGGGCUUUGCACCCAACAUCCUGGAGAACAAGGAAGCUUUGGAGUUGCUGAAAAAUGCCAUUGGCAAGGCUGGCUACACUGACAAGAUUGUCAUCGGCAUGGAUGUGGCUGCCUCUGAGUUCUACAAAGGUGGCAAGUACGACCUGGACUUCAAGUCUCCUGAUGACCCCAGCCGCUACAUCUCCUCCGACAAGCUGGCUGACCUCUACAGGAGCUUUGUCAAAGAUUACCCUGUUGUGUCCAUCGAGGACCCCUUCGACCAGGAUGACUGGGAGGCGUGGAGCAAAUUCACAGCCAGCACCAACAUCCAGGUGGUGGGCGAUGAUCUCACCGUCACCAACCCCAAGCGGAUCGCCAAGGGCGUGGCUGAAAAGUCCUGCAACUGCCUGCUGCUCAAAGUCAAUCAAAUUGGCUCAGUCAGCGAGUCCCUGCAGGCCUGCAAGUUGGCCCAGAGCAACGGCUGGGGCGUGAUGGUCAGCCACCGCUCUGGAGAGACCGAAGACACGUUCAUUGCUGACCUUGUGGUCGGUCUGUGCACCGGACAGAUUAAGACUGGUGCGCCCUGCCGAUCGGAGCGCUUGGCCAAGUACAACCAGCUACUCAGGAUCGAAGAGGAGCUCGGCGACAAGGCCUGUUUUGCUGGCCAGAACUUCAGGCACCCCAUCUGAGCUGGCCCAUGCUCCUUUUGGGCCUCUCUGGGUGGAACGCAGGUACACCCAUCCUUAGAUGACACGCUAUGUCCCGAGAGAGGUCAGCAGCAUGGUGCAGCAUCGUGCAUCUCCUCGUGAAGCCACAUCCUCCUAAAUGUAUGCUUUUGCUCCUGCCUUUCUACGUCCUUUGUAAGCGUCCGUCUGUGGACCAUGGCUCUGUGUAGCUUUGGUGAGUUGUAGUCAUUCUUGGUGCGCUACUGUAACUUUAACUUUAGGAGAGCAGAGUAUUGUGUCUUUGUGCAAUGUGUGUUUGACAAAGUCUUGUGUUGCUCUAAGCAAAUGUAUAACAAAAAUAUAGUUUGAAAUCCCCCCCCCUCCAUUUCAAUAUCUAUACAUUUCACCAAGAGGCUAUAAAUGACUGGUGACGGCUCCUGUCAGGACCCACCAUUUGUGUCUAUGGGUGUAAGACUCUUAGUCGUCAAACUGCAAAGCCUUGUGAGCACGAAUAAAUGUCUAUUCACCACUGGGA